AUGCCCAACAACCUUGGAGAUCUCCACGCCAAUCACAUCGUUGUUAUCAUGAAUGACCUUUAUAGUUUCCUGGACUAUAAUUUGACUGCCAUAAUGGCCGGUGCGCCACUCAACGUUAACACGAAGGCUCACAACCUCGUCACUGAAGAACGCGUCAAAGCUGCACUUCGGGAAGACAAAGGCCCUAACGCCAGAUACAAAUCCUUUGAAAUAAUCGACUUCUGCUCUAAAGGAGAUAACUACGCUUGCUUUGUUACGAGCGUGAAAGUCUUCUACACUCAUGGAGGGGAAGAAUCGUCAGUGACGUACGUGGUCAAAAUCAACCCAGGCAACGAAACGGAAGGGUUUGAAUUCUUCGCAGAACUUGCUUUCAGAAAAGAGGGUAAAUUCUACUACGAGCUUGCUCCUGCAUUGAACAACAUUUUGCUGGAACUGAAAAUGCCGCGUUUAAAAUUUGCAGCAUGCUAUCACGCAUUCUUUGAGCCUAAAAAAGAGAUAAUUUUCCUCGAGGACAAGAGAAAAGACAAUUUCAAGAUGGCGGACCGCAUGGUUGGUCUCGACGAAAAGCACGUUUAUCUUGUCGUAAAAGAGUUAGCACGCCUGCAUGCCGCCUCCAUCUUGCUCGAGGAGAGCCUUGGCUACGAACAGUUCCAAGAGAAGUAUCCGUACUUGGAAGAUUGCUUUACCAGCGAGUCUGCAAUAAAAAAAGCUCCAUUAUUCAAAGAAGCUUUCCCCAGCUACCUGCAGAACGCGGCUGAUAUAACCGAUCAGCUGAGAAACUACGACAACGUUUCUGCUGCGCUACGUAAACUAGCGCCUGACUCCUUCGGUCUUCUCAAGAAAGUCGUGGAAGACUGCGACCCUCGGUUCCGUGCGGUGAACCAUGGCGAUUGCUGGAACAACAAUCUUCUGUUCAAGUACAAAGAUGGCGAAGUCGUAGACGUUUGCCUCCUGGACCUCCAAAUCAACCGCCACGCUUCGCUUGCGCUCGAUUUAAACUACUUUUUCUUCACGAGCCUGAACGGCGACACGAGGAGGAAAGGCCUGACUGCCUUCCUAACCUCCUACUACGACUCCUUCAAGGAGGUCUUCAGUGCCGCCGACAAGCCCAUGAAGUUCACCUUUGAGGAGCUCGUCGCAGAGUACCGCAACAAACACAUGUUUGGACUACUCAUGGCACUCAUGGUCGUGCCUAUCGUGAUUAUGAAUCCUAAGGACGCUCCUGAUUUUAGUGAAAUGGGCGAUGGCGACAUUCAGGAGGCGAUGAAAGAGUUUCAGCAAAAAGUGCUCAAAAUGGUUGACACAAAUCCCUUGCUUAAACCUAGAUUUCUUGACAUGUUCAAUGAGAUGAUAGAACAUAGAGUUCUUGACGCCAUAAUGGAUGGUGCGUCACUCAACGUUAACACGAAGGCUCACAACCUCGUCACUGAAGAACGCGUCAAAGCUGCACUUCUGGAAGACAAAGGCCCUAACGCCAGAUACAAAUCCUUUGAAAUAAUCGACUUCUGCUCUAAAGGAGAUAACUACGCUUGCUUUGUUACGAGCGUGAAUGUCUUCUACACCCAUGGAGGGGAAUUAUCGUCGGUUACGUACGUGGCCAAAAUCAACCCCAGCAAAGAAACGGAAGUGUUUGAAAUAAUCGCAGAAGUUACUUUCAGAAAAGAGGGUAAAUUCUACUACGAGCUUGCUCCUGCCUUGAACGACACUUUGCGGGAACUGAAAAUGCCGCGCCUGAAAUUUCCAGCAUGCUAUCAUGCAUUCUUUGACCCUAAAAGGCAAAUUAUUUUCCUCGAGGACAAGAGAAAAGAUGGUUUCAAGAUGGCGGACCGCAUGGUUGGUCUCGACGACAAGCACGUUCAUCUCGUCGUAAAAGAGUUGGCGCGCAUGCAUGCCGCAUCCAUCUUGCUCGAGGAGAGCCUUGGCUACGAACAGUUCCAAGAGAAGUACCCGUUUCUGGAAGAUGCCUCAACCAGCGAGUCUGCAAUAAAACAAGCUCCUUUUAUCAAAGAAGCAUUCCCCCACCACCUGUUGAACGGGGCUAACAUAACUGAUCAGCUGAGAACCUAUGACAACGUUUCUGCUGCGCUACGUAAACUAGCGCCUGACUCCUUCGGUCUUCUCAAGAAAGUCGUGGAAGACUGCGACCCUCGGUUCCGUGUGGUAAACCAUGGCGAUUGCUGGAGCAACAAUCUUCUGUUCAAGUACAAAGAUGGCGAGGUCGUAGACGUUUGCCUCCUGGACCUCCAGAUCAACCGCCACGCUUCGCUUGCGCUCGAUUUAAACUACUUUUUCUUCACGAGCCUGAACGGCGACACAAGGAGGAAAGGCCUGACUGCCUUCCUAACCUCCUACUACGACUCCUUCAAGGAAGUCUUCCGUGCCGCCGACAAGCCCAUGAAGUUCACCUUUGAGGAGCUCGUUGCAGAGUACCGCAACAAACACAUGUUCGGACUCCUCAUGGCGCUCAUGGUCGUGCCUGUCGUAAUUAUGAAUCCUAAAGACGCUCCUGAUUUCAGUGAAAGGGGCGAUGGCGAUAUACAGGAGGCGAUGAAAGAGUAUCAGGAAAGGGUGCUCAAAACUGUAGCCACAAAUCCAUUGCUUAAACCUAGAUUCCUUGACAUGUUGGAUGAGAUGGUAGAACAUGGAGUUCUUGACGCCUAGUGGGCGGAAUACAUUUUGCAAAUAAUGAAAUUGAUAAAGUUAAUUAUGUGACGCUAUUUCUUCUUAAAAAAAGUAUGCCAUGUGUCGCUUUACCUCCAAAUGAAAGUAAUUAUUGUACAUUUUAUACAUGUUCUAUAUCACG